CAAACUUUAACAACAUAUUCAACUGAAACAUCCUAGAUACUUCCAUAGACUAAUUUAGCUCUAUAAAUACAACCUAGUAUUGAACAAAUGUUCAAACAGAAACUCUGAAACUUAGCAGCUUUUUAUAUACAUCAGCUACAAAAGAGGAAACUUAAUUAUUAUAUCAAGAAAGAUCCAAUUGGGGCUACCUGAAAACACAACAAAUAUGGUUACAAGGAUGAAUAUUGCAAGAAUUGCACUAGUAUUAGUGGCUAUUUUGGUGGCGUUGCCGGGGAAAAUAACAGCAGUUGAUCAUGUGGUUGGCGAUAGUAGUGGUUGGGGAAUUCCUUCAGGUGGCCCUUCAACUUAUGCCAAUUGGGCUUCACAACGUACCUUCAGAGUUGGUGAUACUUUAGUGUUCAACUUUGCAACUGGAGCACAUGAUGUAGCCAAAGUCACAAAGAGUGCAUAUGAUUCUUGCAGCUCUACAGGUCCUGUUACUCUUAUAACUGUUGGACCAGCCAAUAUUACUCUCAAUUCCACAGGAACAGAAUAUUUCAUUUGCACUUUUGGCCAACAUUGUUCUGCUGGCCAAAAACUAGCCAUCAAUGUUACAGCAUCUUCCACUUCUAGUCCUAGUCCUGCACCCUCCCCUGCAACCACCCCCGCUCCAUCACCCGUCCCGACCCCUACCCCUACGCCUACGUCUGCACCGACUCCUUCCUCUACACCUUCCCCAACCCCAAUGCCAACGCCAACGCCAAGUCCAUCGCCAUCAAUGGGCCCGUCUGCACCAACUCCUACUCCUAGUGGCAGUGCAGGAUCUUCGCCAUCGUCCUCUCCAACCACUGGACCGAUCACACCGGGGACUACUCCUUCAGCCGAGACACCUCCCGAAGGUCUAAUUCCUCCACCGGCUCCUAGCUCUGCCCCGAGGAACGUCUUUGCUCCUGCCUUGAUCAUGUUCAUGUCUAUUGCCAUUAGUAUCAUGUGGUAGAUUCUUGUAUUUAUAUAUAUCGGACUUUUCUAGCACGGAGGAGCUUUUUGUGAUUUGAGUGUUUGUAUUUAUUUUACAUAUGAGUUGAUAUCAUUAUAGGACAUAAUGAUCAUUGUUUACUUGUAAUAUUGUUUAUUUAUUGGGUAAUUAGUGAUUGUGCGAGUUUUAUAGAAGAGUAUCUUUUCAGCUGUGAGUAAUAUCCCGAAUUUCUGUACCAA